GGCCUCUCGGGACACCACGGCGGCCGCUCGGGCCGCUGCCCCGUGGUUUGCUUGGCCUCGCUCCCUCGGCUGCGAGCUGUGGUGCCGGCCGCGACAUGUGGCGCCUCACGGGGCUGCUGGGCCGAGCUCUUCCCCGGCUACUGGGACCCGGUUUCCGAGGAGUGUUACCAAAGCCCACCAGCCCAGAUGGGCCUCAGACAACUCCCUCUACCUUGCUAGUCCUUGGGCGUAGCCUUGACAGGUCAGGCGCCCAUGGCCCAAGAAGGCACAGGGGCCCAAAGUGCCAUGGGUGGAAGGACGCCUACAAUUGGAUGUCUGCACGUGUCUCCUCGAACACCCUGUGGGAUGCCAUCUCAUGGGGCUCUCUGGCUGUGCUGGCCCUGCACCUGGCAAGGCAGAUCCAUUUCCACGCAUCCCUGGCAGCAGGACCUCAGCAAGCUGAACACUGCUUGUCGCGCAGUCCCCUGCUCCACUUCCUCUCCUCUCCCUGGUGGCACCCACACUCCUCACUACGGAGGCAUGUUCUUCCUGGUCCCGACCACCCAGCUCCCAGGCCGACCGGCCUGAAAAAACUGAGGCUGGGCCAGGAAGAACCCUCAGCUCAGCCUGGGCUCUUCCCCUCGCAUAGCUCACCCAGGACAGCUCAUCUUCAGGAUCUGCCUGAGGAAGGGCCCAGUGACUUUGGCUUCCUGCAUGCCAGAAGCAACUUCUCAUUCGAGGCAAAGGCAGAUGAGGCCCAUCCUCCUGGGGAAAAGAAGGAGCAAGACAAGCCAAAGACUCUUCCACUGGAAGAGGUUGUGACUUCCAUCCAGCAGCUCUUCCAGCUCAGUGUUUCCAUCGCUUUCAACUUCCUGGGGACAGAGAACAUGAGGAAUGGGGACUACAUGGCAGCCUUUUCCCACUUCCAGAAAGCUGCAGACCGUGGCUACAGCAAAGCCCAGUACAACGUAGGCUUGUGUCAUGAGCAUGGCAGAGGCACACCCAGGGAUCUCAGCAAGGCAAUCCUUUAUUACCACCUGGCUGCUAGCCAAGGCCACAGCUUGGCUCAGUACCGCUAUGCCAGGUGCCUGCUCCAAGACCCAACCUCCUUUUGGGACCCUGAGCAGCGGAGGAGGGCAGUGUCUAUGCUGAAGCAGGCUGCAGAUUCAGGUUUGAGAGAGGCCCAGGCUUUCCUCGGUGUGCUUUUCACCAAGGAGCCUCACCUGGAUGAGCAGAGAGCCGUGAAAUAUCUUUGGCUGGCAGCCAACAAUGGGGACUCACAGAGCAGGUACCACUUGGGAAUUUGCUAUGAGAAAGGCCUUGGUGUGCAGAGGAAUAUGAGAGAGGCCGUGAAAUGUUACCAGCAGUCAGCAGCUGUGGGAAACGAAGCCGCCCAGGAGAGGCUGAGGCUCCUCUUUUCUGUGGAGGCUGCAGCCCCGGGCCCCAGCCACCUGGCCAUGACAGGAUUGAAGUCUUUCUCCAGCCCCUCCCUCUGCAGCCUGAACACCCUGUUAUCUGGCACUUCUGGCCUCCCUCACGCCUCAAGCACAGGGAACCUCGGCCUCCUCUGUAGAAGUGGUCGUCUUGGAACCAGCCACGGAGCCCCCAGCAGGGCUGUUCCCUCCUUGGAAAGGAGUCUCUUAAGACUGGGCUUUGGCUAAGACCUCCUCUGUCUUAGAGAGCCUGUGAAUUCUCAAAGAUAUUACAGCUUGAGUCCCAAAGAAGAGGCCGGUUAGCCACUUGCCUUCCCACAAACCUUGAGCACUGGAGAGAAGAGGAAAGCGUGUGAAGACCCAGGGUCUGGCUCUGCCGCUUGUGGCCACGUGACAUGGUUUGCCAACAUCCUCUCCUCCACUGUGGAUGGAGGGCAGUGGUGUACACCUGCUCCUUACACGACUAAGGCGUGCGCCUUCCACUGCCAAAAAGAACUCGCCCCUAGCUUAGCCCCCCAGAGGCAGGGUGAUGCUCACAGUUCCAUGGCCUUAUGAGUCACCAGGCCAGGAUGAGGACAUGGGCAGGACUCCUGACUCCGGCCCAGAAUUCUGUCCUGCCAGUUCACACUGUCAUGUGAAAGCAUUAUUUUUUUCCUGCUGAUGUUGGGAGCAGCAAUAGAGUUAGGCACCUGGAGUCUUGGAGCCAGAGAAUAGAGACUGUGAAUCCUCUUUGGGAAAGUAAGCUAGGAAUGUAUGCAUGUGUAAUAAAACAGAUAGUGGAUCAUC